AUGGCCACUGUUAAUAUUUACGAUGUGGUGAUCCCUACUUUCGAGAAGGGCUUGAAGACGUUCGACCACAUCCUUAAUAAGGCAGAAGCGUUUGCCAAAGAGAAAGGCUUGGAUGCAAAUGCCACGUUCCCUCAGGCUCGUUUGAUUGAUGAUCAGAACCCUCUUACGUUCCAAGUUCAAAAUGCUACCAAGACAGUGGUGGUUACAAUUGGCCGAUUGACUGGCACUGAACUCCAGCCUUUUGAAAACAAAGAACAGACGCUGGAGGAUCUUCAUAAACGAAUCAAGGAUACCCUAGGACUACUCAAAGCUGUUGAUCCUAACACAGUUAACGCCAAAGCCAAUGAUCAAGUCACCAUGUGA